AUGCGAAGGGGUGAUGGACCUGUAAGGUUUCACGCUGUUUCUGCGCGUCCCGCCUUGCUCCAUUGCUUCGCCCCUUGCUUUGACCAGUGGACUCGUCCUGAGGGGUGGGGGCUAAGACGCGCGCACUCGCUGCAGUGGUCUGGUGGACCUGCGGCUUCUCCCCACCUGGUGAGCAGGAGCUAGAGAUGCUAUUAGGCUGUCAUUUUAUCGAAUGUGAGAAGUCAGCCCAGAGAUGGAAAACUUCAUUCUGUACGAGGAGAUUGGCAGAGGAAGCAAAACUGUUGUCUAUAAAGGGCGGCGGAAGGGAACAAUCAAUUUUGUAGCUAUUCUUUGUACUGAUAAGUGCAAGAGGCCUGAAAUAACCAAUUGGGUCCGUCUCACCCAUGAAAUUAAACACAAGAAUAUUGUAACUUUUCACGAAUGGUAUGAAACCAGCAAUCAUCUCUGGCUAGUUGUAGAACUCUGCACAGGUGGUUCCUUAGAAAUGGUUAUUGCUCAAGAUGAAAACCUUCCUGAAGAUGUUGUGAGAGAAUUUGGGAUUGACCUGAUUACUGGAUUACAUCAUCUUCAUCAACUCGGAAUUCUCUUUUGUGACAUUUCUCCUGGGAAGAUACUCUUGGAAGGGCCUGGCACACUGAAGUUCAGUAAUUUUUGCUUGGCCAAAGUAGAAGGUGAAAAUUUGGAAGAGUUCUUUGCCUUGGUGGCAGCAGAAGAAGGAGGAGGUGAUAGUGGAGAAAAUGUACCGAAGAAAAACAUGAAAAGUAGAGUCAAAGGAUCUCCUAUCUAUACAGCUCCAGAAAUUGUGAAGGGUACCGACUUCUCCAUCACCAGUGACCUCUGGUCUUUGGGCUGUCUGCUUUAUGAAAUGUUUGCAGGAAAACCUCCAUUCUUCUCAGAAAGUUUAUCAGAAUUAGUUGAAAAGAUUCUUUAUGAAGAUCCUUUGCCACCUAUUCCAAAAGAUUCUUCUUGUCCUAAAGCUUCUUCAGAUUUUAUUAAUUUGCUUGAUGGUUUACUUCAAAAAGAUCCUCAGAAAAGAUUAACUUGGGCAGGCCUCCUGCAGCAUUCAUUUUGGAAGGACGCUUUCGCUAGAAAAGAUCAGGACUUGAGCACCGAGGAUUCCAGCGUCAGCAAAAACAUGGCGUAUUCCAGGUCACAAGAUGCCAAGGAGCUUCUGCAGAGCCCUCAGGGUGCACAAGCCAAAGGGGAUAAGAGUGGUCAGCGACUCAGUCACUCCUUCAGGCUAGAAAAUCCAUCAGAGUUGCAGCCUAAGAGUACUGUUGGGGGUCAAUUGAAUGAGUCCAUGUUUCUUCUGAGUUCUCGUCCUACUCCAAGAACUAGCACUGCAGUGACAUUAAGUCCUGGUGAGGAUAUGACUCAGAAUUCACCACAGAAGACUUCUCCUUUGACCAAGAUUACAGGGGCACACCUGAGUCAGCAGGACCUGGAGUCCCAGAUGAGAGACCUUAUCUACACAGACUCAGAUCUGGUCGUCACUCCCAUUAUAGAUAAUCCAAAGAUAAUGAAACAACCACCAAUUAAAUUUGAUCCCAAAAUAUUGCAUCUACCAGCACUUUCAGUGGAGAAGUUGGUAUUUCUAAAAGACCAAGACUGGAAUGACUUUUUGCAACAAGUGUGCUCACAGAUCGACUCCACUGAGAAGAGCACAGGAGCCUCCCGAGCCAAGCUGAACCUCCUUUGCUAUUUGUGUGUGGUGGCGGGUCACAGGGAAGUGGCCACCAGGCUCCUGCAUUCUCCUCUGUUCCAGUUGCUAAUACAGAAUUUGCGAACAGCUCCAAACUGGGAUAUAAGGGCCAAGGUUGCUCGGGUGAUUGGCUUACUCGCCUCGCACACAACUGGGCUCCAGGAAAAUACACCUGUCAUUGAGGCAAUUACUCUCCUAACGGAAUUAAUUAGGGAAAACUUCAGGAACAGCAAAUUAAAACAGUGCCUUUUACCCACCCUGGGGGAGCUGAUCUACCUUGUAGCCACACAGGAAGAAAAAAAAAAGAACCCCCGAGAAUGCUGGGCUGUUCCCUUGGCUGCGUACACGGUGCUAAUGAGGUGCCUUCGGGAAGGGGAAGAACGUGUUGUGAAUCACAUGGCAGCCAAGAUUAUUGAAAAUGUCUGCACUACCUUUUCUGCUCAGGCUCAGGGCUUUAUUACAGGAGAAAUUGGGCCUGUUUUAUGGUACCUGUUCAAACAUUCUACCAUUGAUUCUCUUCGGAUAACGGCAAUAUCGGCCUUGUGUAGAAUCACUCGCCAUUCCCCCACAGCCUUCCAGAACGUCAUUGAGAAGGUGGGACUGACCUCGGUGAUAAACUCCUUGGCCUCUGCCAUCUGCAAAAUCCAGCAGUACCUGUUGACCUUAUUCACUGCUAUGCUGUCCUGUGGGAUUCAUCUUCAGAGGCUAAUACAAGAAAAGGAUUUUGUCUCCACAAUUAUCCGUUUACUUGAUAGCCCCUCAACUACCAUUAGAGCCAAAGCCUUCCUGGUUCUUUUAUAUAUUUUGAUUCAUAACCAUGAGAUGCUGCUGCUCAGCUGCCAAGCAAGACUGGUGAUGUACAUUGAGAGAGACAGCAGAAAGACCACUCCAGGCAAGGAGCAGCAAAGCGGCAGUGCAUACCUGUCCAAAUGCCUGGACCUUCUCAUCCGUCACAUCGUGCAGGAGUUGCCGCGAAUCCUGGGUGACAUCCUUAACGCCUUGGCUAACGUUUCUGGUCGUAAACACCCAUCCACAGUUCAAGCAAAGCAGCUGAAGAUGUGUCUCCCGCUGAUGCCUAUAGUGCUUCACCUCGUAACUUCUCAGGUAUUUCGACCUCAUGUUGUGACAGAAGAGUUCCUUUUCAGUUAUGGAACUAUUCUUAGUCAUAUUAAAUCAGUAGACUCAGGAGAAACUAAUAUAGAUGGAGCCAUAGGACUGAUGGCAUCAGAAGAAUUUAUCAAGAUCACGCUGUCGGCUUUUGAAGCUGUGAUACAGUAUCCUAUUUUAUUGAAAGACUAUUGCUCUACGGUGGUUGACUAUAUCCUGCCACCAUUGGUCUCCUUGGUUCAGAGCCAAAAUGUGGAGUGGAGACUCUUCAGCUUGCGAUUGCUCUCAGAAACCACAUCUCUUCUUGUGAACCAGGAGGUUGACGCUGGCAAGAAGGAGGCAAACGUUGAUUCCGACAGCAGUCUUCUGGGCCUCAUUAGAGAGUCCUUACUUCCCCAGUACGAGCACAUCCUCAUGGAGCCUGACCCCGUCCCAGCAUAUGCUCUGAAGCUGCUUGUCGCUAUGACGGAACACAGCCCAACUUUUACCAGACUUGUGGAAGAAAGCAAAUUGAUCCCACGCAUUUUCGAAGUAAUUCUGGACCAUCAGCAGAACAUUCUGGGUAACACCAUGCAAAGUGUGAUUGCAUUGCUCAACAAUCUGGUCGCCUGCAAAGAUUCGAAUAUGAAGCUACUUUAUGAGCAAGGACUAGUCCAUCAUGUCUGUAACCUAUUCACUGAAACUGCCACACUGUGCUUGGAUGUGGACAAUAAAAACAAUGACGAGACGGCAGCCGCCCUGCUCUUUUCCCUGCUUGAAAUUUUGCACAGCAUGCUGACGUAUACAUCUGGGGUCGUGAGGCUGGCUCUGCAGGCACAGAAGUCAGGCUCAGGAGGGAGCACUCAGGCUGCAGAAGACCUGCUCCUGCUCAGCAAGCCCCUGACAGAUCUCGUCAGCCUGCUUAUCCCGCUGCUUCCUAGUGAGGAUCCUGAAAUUUUUGACAUCUCAUCCAAGUGUCUGUCUAUACUGGUUCAGCUGUACGGAGGGGAAAACCCAGACAGCCUGUCUCCUGAAAAUGCAGAGAACUUUGCUGAUUUACUGACAUCCAAAGAGGACCCAAAGGAGCAGAAGCUUCUGCUGAGGAUCCUCAGGAGAAUGAUCACCUCCAGUGAGAAGCACCUAGAAAGCCUCAGGAAUGCAGGCAGCCUCCUGCGGGCUCUGGAGUGGCUGGCCCCAGAUGGCGGUUCAUCGGCCAACAGUGCAGUGGCUUCCUUGGCCCUCGAAAUCCUCCAAGCUGCUGGACACUAGGCAAGAAGGCACUUAACACAAGCCCUGCGGCACUCACCCUCGACUACACACACUCACCACAUGGCCACCUACAGCUCUAUUUGGAUCUAAUAAAGUCAGCUGAACUCAGAA